ACGCGCGGUGUACGUAUGCAGUUAAGACUAUAUUUUGAGAAAAUGGCGGCAUCCAUGAGCUGGGACAGAUUUCGACGCGGCGGCUCAACUUCCCCUGAACCUACUGAAAGAUCAAGUUCUUUGACCGCCCAGGUAAAGUCAUUGUGUGGCUUACACUACCCCCUGCGAACACGAUGUUUUGAAUUAGAAAGCCUCAUCAGAAGAUCCUCAAGCAAGGAUCUUAACAGCAUAUACCCUCUGUUCCUGGACCUUGUGUUUGGUUUGAACGGCCAUCCCGGAUGGGGUCUCAACACCCUGAACAGCCUGUAUGCCAAGGAUGACUCCAAGCACCUACAGGACUUCAUGUCGCCCAGCGGCCCGGUCUUCCUCAUGGUCUACAAGCUCCAGAGUGAUCACUACCUCAGAUAUGAGUUCCCUGUCGAUAAACUUUCCGCCCCCACACGAGCAUCCUUGGCCUCUGGGAUCGUGCCUCUGUUCUACCAAGGAAAGCUGAACUACCAGUCUCAUGGAAGGGCGCCCUCUGUAGUCAUGCUUAAUGCAUUUGAGUACUUUAUGUACGUCUUUGCGUAUUAUCUUGUCAGCGACAGAGUGCAUAAGACAAUGAAUAAUUGGACCCAACCCCAGGAUUACUUCUACCCAGUCCUCUUGGACCAGUACCUGUGCUACUUCCUCCGUAGUGAUGGGCGCGCUGUGCCCCCCAUACCGGUAACCAGCAGCGCCCCUACCCCUGCUGCCAACCGACUCUCACCGUACAGACUACCUCAGUAUGGAGUUCUCUAUCAUUACCUGCAUUCCAGUCCUUACGGAGGUGCAGAAGGAGGGCACGCCCACCAGCGCAGCCCCACCCAGCACCAGGAUACCACCCUGGGCCUGCAUCAUAGGGGUAUAAGCUCCGGUGGAGGGGGUGUAGGAGGAGCGGGCGCGGCACCUGGGAUCAGCUUCCAGCAGACCAUCCAAGAUGAUCCUCAAGAGGAGACCUGGCGCUCUGAAGUCCUGGUCCAGGCCCUGACGGAGUUCUGGCUGAAUCAGAACUCUCUUCAGAUGACUGAGGAUAAGAGUUUUAUGGCACAAGUCAGGGAAAACUUCAUCCCAAGCCCCGACCAUGUGCGCAUGGUACGCAUCUUGGUGAAGAGGUUGCAUUUCUUUGUAAACAGCGCUCGUCCAAUAAUGCACCAGUCAGCAUACCAACAUGGAGGAGAGUCUGCUAUGGAGGAGCUGAAGAGGUACAUUCUACCAGUGUUUGUGCAGAAGCCCCUCUAUGUGUUCCUCAGACACGGCUUUGAUAAUUGGCCUCUAGACUCGUCAUUCAGGCAGAUCUUGGAGCUGUGGCUGAGUUACAUCCAACCCUGGAGGUAUGUCGAAGAGACCAGCAGGACAGGGUUCUAUCAUAAGGACAUUCACUCGCCCCUGAGGUCACACCUAGGUGCGUCCUCGGGUCAGAUAACGAACCCGCAGAGAGAAUCGGCUAGCACAAGAUCCUUUCCAGCUGACGAUGAUAGAUGGCCGAGGUUUGUUCAGGAGAAUCUACCCUUCUACACCGUCCUCUUCCAAGAGUUAUUGCCUCGUAUCUUCCAUCAGGACCUGAGUAUUCCAAACAAUGCCCUCAUGGUCUACAGGAUGGCCAAGGUCUUUGGGCAGCCCCACCUCAGUAACGUCAUGAAAGAAGCCGAGGAGCAUCUCAUAGACCUUCUCUAUCACCCAUCGCAACCCUACGGCGCCGGAGGGGGAGGGGGUCUAAAUGCUAACCCUAGCUUCAUGUCCCUGUCUGGGUCGGUACCGUCCUCCACCCACCUGCCCAGCGCCCUCCUGGCCAUGGGUACCAGGCUCUACACCCAUCUCCUGGAGGUAGAGGCACCAGGGUACAUGUACAGACCACUCUUUGAUGCUAGCGGUGCAGCUACGAUUGAGCAGCUAUUAGGCUUCAUCACCCAAGCCCAGACUACAGUAAAGACCAUGGCAGGACCAAGCUUUGGAGAUAUCACUCAAACCAUCAAAUCGUUCUUCACCAACAGCCUCAGACAGGCUAAUCACAACGCCCUCUUUGAUGACAUUGGGCCAUUCGACACCCGCAAGGCCGAGGUGUACCUGCAGAGCUCAGGAGAGUUUUUCUCAGAAAUAUUUGAUGUUCCCUUGCCUCACCCUGAAGAUACAAUGACCUGGAACGUUGGUCAGAUCGGUCGGGAUCAACACCUCCCUCCUGACAUGAUGGACGGUCAACUCACGCCACUAGGAAAAUUCCAGCUUAUGAACAGACUAAGAAGUUCUGAUGUAUGUUUCCAUGGCGAUCCAGACCUUCAACCAAUCAGGACCUUUGAAAAUGCGGCACUAGUACGGGUCCUGCAUGCACUCUCCUGCCAGUUCAAUGAUGCUUUUGGAGACAAGCUCCUGGAGGUGUGUUCUCAGGGUGGUUUGCUAGGAGCCAUGGCCAGAUGGUACUUCAACCCUAGAGGGAGCCCUCCAUCACAUGCUUUAGACCCCGCUGGUAGAGCGCCGUCCUGGUACCGUCCGAGACUAAGUCUCCGCUUCCUGGCCAACUACCGGACCUUGACAUUCCUUGCUAUACUGUACCUGCUUCUGUUGUUUGUCUGGGAUAUCACGCCGACAGGCUUCGUUGCGUUCCUGCUAGCAGCGGCCCUCUUUGUUGGGUUCCUGGGUUCGUUGUAUACCUAUCUCCGAGGAGACGUGGGAGGAGGAGAGGAAGGGUUCGCUAGGGGUCAUCAACAUCAUCCUUACCAUCAACCUGUUGAUUGAUGUGUCCUGUGCGCUGCAAGAACUUUGAACAUUCUUUCCUGCAGCCCUUAGAACUGUGCUCUCUUACUUAUGACGAACUUGAGGUUCACUCACAUUUACCACAGUAUUAAAACCGCACUAGUUUUUGUGCACUGAAUGAAUGCCGCAUAGAGAUUAUAUAAAAUCAGCUGUGUGUAACAGAUGUUCUGUGCAUAAGAUGGGCAUUGAAGGACAUUGAAGGACGCUCCGCAGUAUCUGGGCAGGGCCAGCUCGCCCAGCUGGUUAUGUAUUCACCAUGCACAAUGCCUGGAGCUCCUGGUAUUUUGCAGCGUAAAUACUUGAUCACCUGGCCCUGCGCAGCUAAGGUGCACACAAGCAUUACUACAGCACGUCCUCAAGUAUGCUUAACGUAUGCAUGAAAUCCCUUGGGGGUAAACCGCAGUGUGUAACCAAGGCUUAUGUGGACAAGACCUUGUACUUUAUUCACAGUUUAUUUGCAGCUUCCAUCUUUGACAAUAAGUGACAUCAUGGUUACCAUUGAAGUUGCAUACGUUAGGUCCACAUUUGACUUGAUUGGCUGAGCAUUUAGUGAAAAAUAUCAUUCUCCACAUGUAUGAACUGAGUUUUUUUCAAGGAAUUUUCACCAAUGAUUAAGAACAUCUCCUAUUACGACCAAUUAUCAUGUACAAUACCCUAGUAUAGGGCAUUUUACAAUUAAUUCAUAUUUAUCAUUUAAGUGUAAUUUGUCUGUUUGUAGCCAGGAUGACAUAUACUCUCAUGAAAUUAACUCAAAUAAAUUGGCACAGAGUUGAUGUCCUUGUGGUUUCCAACAGACUAAUUACUCAAGUUUAUCCAUUAAA